AUGUACAUCACUCUCUACUACCUCGUCACCCGGCUCCCUGACUCCCUUCGCUCAGUCAGGGACCACUUCCUCUCCCUUUGCCCCACCACGCUCACCGUUGACCUCCUCGAGGAGCGCCUCCUUGCAGCAGAGAAGAUUUUAGUUGCUGAACGAGCCUCUCAUGGUGACCCUCAUGCCCCUUUCUUUGAGGGGUGCUCCCCCGUCCCUCUUUUGCCCUCUGUUGCCUCUUCUGCUGCUGUCGACCUCGUUGGCACCGAGUCGAUCGGCGCUGCGUCUGCUCCUAGUGGGAAGCGCCGCAACGGCAGGAGCAAGGGGGGCAAGGGUGCUGGAGGGGAUGGCGGGGGCGGCGGUGGUGGUGGUGGAGGCGGCGGAGGGGGUGGGGGUGGAGGUGCCUCCCGCUCCUUCUUUUGUGACUGCACCACACUCACGCCGAACACUCGGCAAGUGGCAGUCUCCCUGGCUGACCCCUCUGGGGGUCCGGUCCUUGCACACUCCUCUACUGUUCUGCCAUGUCCGGCGGUCCCAUCUGGCUCUCUGUCUGGCCUCCACCUCCCCUCGUUCUCCACGAACUUGGUGAGUGGAGCUGACCUUCAGGACUUGUGGAUUGACCAGUUCACUCCUGGAGGUAGCCGCGUCGGGUCAGGUGUUUGCUGCAGUGUCCCGGUCUAG